AUGGCCCCACGAUCCAAGUCGCGGGAUGGAGGCUGGGCUUGCAGCGGUUGCAAAACUCGGAAUGGGGCAGGCUACGACUUCUGCUGGAAGUGCUGGAAGGUUCGAGACUCCGCGAAGACCGCGAACCACGGUGCGACCAGCACCCAGGACGAUGCUGACGCCGACGAUGCCACCAAAGCUAAGCUCAAGAAGUUACGGGUGCACCUGGCAGAACUUCGAAAGCAUGCGGAGGACCCAGACUUGGCAAAGCACGUCCAGGGCAACAUCGACAUCGUACAGGAGGAGGUUGAUGAGUUGCAGGCAGCUGUCGACAACGGCAGCGACAUCCCUCGUUGCUUCUCGGAGUGUAAGCUCGUACGAGAGAGGAACAAAACGCAGGCACAGCGGGAGCGCACCCAGGAGCGGGUCGAGAAGCUGGAGGAGGAAAUCAAGGAGGCCCAAGAGAAGCUCGAGAAAGAGAAAGCACUCUUGGCCAGACAAGAUGAGAAGCUGCAAAAGCAGAACGCCCGCAUCGAGGAGCUCAGCGUGCCCAAGGAAGGCAAGGGCUGGGGAGCGGCCGUGUCCUUCCUGGAACAAGCGAAAAAGUGCCUGCGCGAGCAGGAGACAGACACCAAUAUCGCCGAAGCCCUCAAGCACGCGCAGCAGCAGCACACCGCCGAGGAGGAGCGGGCUGCCGCGGCAGCAGCGGCAGCAGCCGCCAAGAGGGAGGCCGACGCAGCCCGCGAGGCCGCCCAGGACAAGCAGCAGAGGAACAAGCGCAGAGCCGAGGAGGAGUUCAAGCAGAAGCUGGUCUCGUUCCCCCAGAACGCCGACGUGGCGCAGAUCACCAAGGUCAUGCACGAGGCGGGCUGUACGGCCGAGCAGAUCGAGCGCCACAGGCCUCAUCUUCUUCCUCUGCUGGCUGGCAUGCAGCCAGACACCUCGCUCACCAUCAGCAAGAGUAUGUGGACGGGGUUCUGCACAAUCAGCACGAACCCCACCGGCACGCUGGAGCGCACCAUGCGGGCCACCAGGUACACGCACAAGUAUCGCACUGUCAUGGCGAAGGAGCUGCAGGCCAACGAGCACAGCAUCUCCUGCGUCAUCCAACGGAUGCAGAAGGAGGGCUGGAGGCCGGGCACCGUGCCGAGCGUCCGCACCGCGCGGGGAGGCUGGAGAGCACAGGUGCCCCUGGCGACCGCGCGGCCAAACAACAUGAGCUACGCCAGGGGGCCCGACACGAGGGGCGACUCGCCCCGCGAGUCCAAGGGCCGCCGCGCGAAGGGCAGGAUGCAGGCUAUCGGCAAGGAGGGCGCCACCGCAGGCACGGCUUACCUCUGGGACAGCGAGGGCACCCCGCGGAACUUCACCACGGCCGCCGCAGGGGCGGGGAAGUACUGGAUCCAGGGCGGCGACGUCGACAUGGACCCAGCAGAGCUACAGCACAUUGGGGUGAUCAACAGGAUGGAAGGGGUCAUCGCGUUCGACACUUCGCGCGGCUCGCGCGUCACAUUGGGGGAGGCACGGUGCCGCGACUACUUCAUCAUACCCAAGACGCUCCUGGACGGCCCGCCCCACGAGGCCGCGCAGGACCAGUACAACAUGUCGGAGGAAGUGGACCGCUGCGGGGGGAACCUGGGCAACACGCACGAGGAGCACUCGAGCAAAUACCCCAACUACGUCGGCCAGGACGGGCAAGAGGGCAAGGGCCACCUGGUCUGCGCCCAGAACAACGCCAAGGGCAUCCUUGGGAAGGACAGCAUCGAGCCGCUCCUCGAGCGGGACUACCUAGCAUGGCGCGCGGUGCCAAAUCAGGAGGAGGGCAACGUAGACGCCAUGGGCGAGCAGGAGAACUCCGACAACCUGGACGAGUUAAGCCACACAGGACGCCGAGUCGAGGGGGACACUACGAGCCUCCCAGAGAAUACUCCUCGGCGGACCCCCGCUGUCCUCGGCCUCACGGCUUCGCAGGACUGCCCGUUGGUCGGGGCGGAAGCGGCAGGAGAGCGCCGCCGACCGACGGGGCGGGGGCGACGCACGGACAUCGAUUGGGGCAGGGUGGCGAUCACAGCCGCCUGGAUCGACGCCGAGCACAUCACUCAGAGAGACUUGCACUACGUGGACAGCGUGGCCAAGCUCAUGUGGGAGACCAACCGCAUGCCCUACGCGAGGCGUUGGGGGGCGGCCAACAAGCGAGCCCAUGACUGGGCGCGCCGAGGGGGAUCGCGGGAACGCGCGGCACGGCCACAGGCCCUCUACUGCGAGGCCGCGCGGGCCGACGGGCACCACCACGAGGGGACCUACUUCGGCCUGAUCAAGUGCUUCGAGUGGGGUACUCAGCGGAAGGUACGGGAGGCGUCGCAGCGAUGGGGCGCCAACCCAAGCAUCAUGCGGACGGACCGCAAGCUGUACAGCGUAGGGCGGCACAGCGUCCUGGACGGGGGCUACACCGAGGGCAAGGCUGGGCAGCGGGGCAUCGAGGCGGACAGCUGGCACAUACCGUUCGGUCGCAAGAUGGUCAUCAUCCUCGAGCUGGACAGGCUGGCGUACCAGGUUUUCUGGGCGAACACGCGCCUCUUCGUCGAGGACCGUGCCGCGGCCACGUACGGCAGGCACGAGCACGUCGGCGAGGACCACCCGCAGCCCAUCGCGGCCGUGAGCUAUAGGUUCGAGACGACCCUGGACAUGGCGGUCUCAAGCGGCACGGAGGCGAAGACGGCCACCCUGGCCUCCUCCGCCGCGGGGAGAGAUCGCAUCAACAAGAG